AUGAAGGUGUCUGCAGGAUUAUUUGGUUCCAGAUCCUCUUUCCUCGUCAUCUUCCUCUCCGUUUCUCUCUUCUGGCUCCGUCCCAGCACUUUCCGUCCCCAGCACCAAAAUCUCAAUCCGCAGAACGUAACUCGCUCGGAGUCUGAGAUUGCAACGCAGACAAACUACAUAAUCCGAUUUAAGCAGUACAAGCCGGCGAAAACCCAUCGAAUUUACCUCGAAUCGGAGGUCCGAUCCGGUGGUUGGGGCUGGAUCGAGAGGAAUAACCCGGCGGCGAAAUAUCCGACGGACUUCGGUGUUCUAUGGAUCGGGGAAAGCGGGAAAGAGGCAGUGGUUGGGGAGAUUGAGAGGCUAGCGAUGGUGAAAGACGUGAACGUGGAGUUUCGGUACCAGAGAGUUUUGCUUGGAGGAUCUUUUCUGGACGGGAAGAAACGUCCGGGAAAGGUUUUCACUUCGUUGUCUUUCGAAGAAGGAGAUGAUCACUCUGCCAAGGCCGCCACAAGUAACACCACGUUAAACUGGAGUCGACAUCUUCUCGCUCAGAAGACUCAAGUCACGUCCAUGUUUGGAGCAGAUGUUCUCUGGAAGAAGGGGUACACUGGUGCUAAAGUCAAAAUGGCCAUAUUUGAUACUGGAAUAAGAUCUGACCACCCUCAUUUCCGUAAAAUCGAGGAGCGUACAAAUUGGACAAAUGAGGACACUUUGAAUGACAACCUGGGGCAUGGGACAUUUGUUGCUGGUGUUAUUGCUGGUCAAGAUUCAGAAUGUCUUGGUUUUGCCUCCGACACGGAAAUCUAUGCUUUCCGAGUGUUCACUGAUGCCCAGGUAUCAUACACCUCAUGGUUUCUUGAUGCUUUCAAUUAUGCAAUAGCAACAAAUAUGGAUGUAUUGAAUUUGAGCAUUGGGGGACCGGAUUACUUGGAUCAGCCUUUUGUAGAGAAGGUGUGGGAAAUAACAGCCAGCAAUAUCAUUAUGGUGUCUGCAAUUGGAAAUGAUGGGCCACUUUACGGAACAUUAAAUAAUCCAGCGGACCAGAGUGAUGUCAUAGGUGUUGGUGGUAUUGACUAUGAUGAUCACAUAGCUUCAUUUUCAUCUCGCGGCAUGAGCACCUGGGAGAUUCCUCAUGGAUAUGGCCGUGUCAAACCAGAUGUGGUUGCAUAUGGCCGUGACAUUAUGGGGUCCAAGAUCAGCACUGGUUGUAAAAGCUUGUCUGGAACAAGUGUCGCUAGUCCUGUUGUUGCUGGUAUUGUUUGCCUGCUUGUAAGUGUUAUUCCUGAAGCUAAAAGGAAGGAUCUGCUCAAUCCAGCAAGCAUGAAGCAGGCAUUGGUCGAAGGUGCUGCUAAGCUUUCAGGUCCUAAUAUGUAUGAGCAGGGUGCAGGAAGAGUUGAUCUAUUAGAAUCAUAUGAAAUUCUAAAGAGCUACCACCCCCGAGCAAGCAUUUUUCCGAGCAUUCUUGACUAUAGUGAUUGUCCAUAUUCCUGGCCAUUUUGUCGCCAGCCACUAUAUGCGGGUGCUAUGCCUGUCAUUUUCAACACGACAAUUCUAAAUGGUAUGGGUGUCAUUGGCUAUAUUGAAAGUCCACCGACAUGGCAUCCUGCAAACGAGGAAGGAAAUCUGCUGAGCAUUCACUUUAAGUACGCAGAUGUGAUAUGGCCCUGGACUGGUUAUCUAGCUUUGCACCUGCAGAUCAAGGAAGAAGGUGCGCAGUUCGCAGGUGAAAUAGAGGGCAAUGUAACGGUUAAAGUCUAUAGCCCAUCAGCCCCUGGAGAAAGUGGGCCUAGAAGAAGUACAUGUAUUCUUCAGUUGAAACUGAAGGUGAUUCCCACCCCACCACGAGCGAAACGAGUUUUGUGGGAUCAAUUUCACAGCAUUAAGUAUCCUCCAGGUUAUAUUCCAAGAGACUCUUUGGAUGUGCGCAAUGACAUUCUUGAUUGGCACGGUGACCACUUGCAUACAAACUUUCACAUCAUGUUCAACAUGUUACGCGAUGCUGGGUACUAUAUUGAGACUCUUGGUUCUCCCCUUACAUGUUUCGAUGCUCAGCAAUAUGGAACCCUUUUGAUGGUUGACCUUGAAGAUGAAUACUUUCCGGAAGAAAUUGAAAAACUCAGAGAUGACGUUACCAAUGCAGGACUGGGUCUGAUUGUGUUUGCUGAGUGGUAUAAUGUCGAUACCAUGGUGAAAAUGAGAUUCUUCGAUGAUAACACGCGUAGUUGGUGGACUCCAGUCACUGGAGGUGCAAAUAUCCCCGCACUUAAUAACCUUCUUGCAUCGUUUGGGAUUGCGUUUGGAGACAAGAUUCUGAAUGGAGAUUUCAGUAUUGACGGCGAGCAGAGUCGAUAUGCUUCUGGAACAAACAUAGCCAGGUUUCCUGCUGGUGGGUUUUUGCACAGUUUUCCUUUACUGGACAGCUCUGAGAGUGGCGCUACACAGAAUCUACUGCUAACUGGGUCAUCAAAGGAAGACCCUGCUGUUCUUGGGCUUUUGGAGAUCGGUGAAGGUCGAGUUGGUGUCUAUGGAGACUCAAAUUGCCUGGACAGUAGCCACAUGGUCACCAACUGCUACUGGCUCCUGAAGAAAAUCCUAGAUUUCACCAGCUCAAAUAUCAAAGACCCUGUGCUUUUCUCAAAAUUUUCAAAGAGACUUUCACCCGUAAUCAUAGACGAGAACCAACUGCCAUCUCGAAGAACUGAUGUGAAUUUUUCAACAUACUCUUCUGUGAUCGGAAAGGAGCUAAUCUGCGAGAGUGACUCCAGAUUUGAAGUGUGGGGGACAAAAGGGUAUAACUUGCAUGUCAGAGGAAGGAACCGUAGAUUACCCGGAUAUCAUGGCAUUGAUUUGGGUCGAGGCUUGAAUUUCACAUUGGAGAACACAAAACCAACACGUUGGAAAUCAUCCAGGGAAGGAGGUGAGCUUAGCUCUUCCAGGAGCAAGUAUCUGGGAGUUUUCAACAGAGACGAGAUUGACUUGCCAUUUCUUGUUGCAACUCGAUGGAUCGUACCUGCUGGUGUUGCAGCUAGUGGAGUUUUAGUGUUACUAAGCAUUUGGAGAAUCAGGCAAAGGAGGCGUAGGCGGAGAAGAGCAUCUGGAUCGAAUCGAAUAGCCUAG